AUGGUGUCAUCUGCAUCAACCGAAGAAGUUUCCCGUUCAAUCCAUCGACCAAAUCGUAAUUCGGAAGUCAAUCUUUGCUCGCUCCUGUUACCUGCAGCUGCCGUAUUCGACUGGGAGGAGAACAUAACAUCUGAACUCUCCGAAGUCAGUGAGGACAGAGAUGAUGUGGCAGAGAUUGAAGAGUUGCCAAACAUUUCUGAACGGUUUUUUGGUGUUUAUGCUCAGUGUAGUUUGUUCCAGAUGAAUACUUUCUGUUGCAGUCCGAAAGAAAAGAGAACGGAAAACCCUUAUUUGGUGUCAUUAUUAGGCGAUUACGGCGUGCACUACACCCUUCUAUUCUCUCUUGCAUCUAAUCUCGACAUGGAGCGACCCACCUCCCGCAAUAGUCUAAUUGUCUAA